AUGGUUUCAAAACCGAUAUUCUUUUUGCUGCUUCUCGCGGUGGCAUUGGCCGUGUUUCAGACCAGAUCUCUAGCCAACGCUGAAGACACCGAGUCUUCGAGCUCAGCGAGAAAGCCACUGGUGAAGAUAGUGAAGGGAAAAAAGCUAUGCGACAAAGGAUGGGAAUGUAAAGGAUGGUCCGAGUAUUGUUGUAACCAUACAAUCUCCGAUUUUUUCGACACUUAUCAAUUCGAGAAUCUAUUCUCUAAACGUAACAGUCCAGUGGCUCACGCCGUCGGCUUUUGGGAUUACCGGUCAUUCAUCAACGCCGCCGCCGAGUAUCAGCCUCUAGGGUUCGGUACUGCCGGAGACAAACUUCAAGGAAUGAAGGAAGUCGCUGCGUUUCUUGGCCACGUUGGAAGCAAAACUUCAUGCGGUUAUGGGGUUGCGACGGGCGGACCAUUAGCUUGGGGGUUGUGUUACAACAAAGAGAUGAGUCCUGAUAAGCUUUAUUGCGAUGAAUACUAUAAAUUGACAUUUCCUUGUACUCCUGGUGUCUCGUACCACGGUCGAGGAGCGUUACCGGUUUACUGGAAUUACAAUUACGGUCAAACCGGGGAGGCAUUGAAAGUUGACUUAUUGAGUCAUCCAGAGUAUCUCGAGAACAAUGCGACGUUGGCGUUUCAAGCGGCGAUAUGGCGAUGGAUGACGCCACCGAAGAAGCACGUACCGUCGGCGCACGAUGUUUUCGUCGGAAAAUGGAAACCGACGAAGAACGACACGGCGGCGAAACGAACUCCCGGGUUUGGAGCCACCAUAAACGUCCUUCACGGCGAUCAGAUGUGCAACAGCGGAUUUGAUAACGAUGAGAUGAAUAACAUCGUGUCUCACUACUUGUAUUAUUUAGAUCUGAUGGGAGUUGGAAGAGAGGAGGCUGGUCCUCAUGAGACUCUGUCGUGUGCCGAUCAAGAGCCUUUCUCUUCUUCCUCUUCCUCAGCUCCUCCGAGCUCUGGUUCCUCUUCUUGA